AUGGGAUGUGUGGACAGAUGGUCUGUGGUGACUGUCUGCAGGGGUGGGGACCUCAUUCUGGUGCGCAGACACACAUUCGGCACACGAUGUAUUGAAGAUUAUAAGAGAGGAGCAGACGGUCGCUCAUGUCAGCCGCUGUCAGAAGUCUGCACCGAGGGAGUGGACUGCGGGGACACAGUUGACAUCCCGGCCAACCAGACUGUGUUCGGGGACCUCUUCUACGGCUACAAUAACCACACCAAAGAGAUUACAUCAGGACAGAUCCUUAAGGCUUCCUUCAGGCAGAAGAACUUUGCCCGUGGCAUCGAGCAGCAGCUCCCGGAUGGCAUGGUGGUUGCAUCUGUGCCGAAUGAAGCCCAAUGUCAUGAGGAGCUGUCUGACCCAGUGCCUGAUCCAGAGUACCUGACUGGUAUGGUAAACUACAGUGAGGUCACUGGUUACCCAUUGGUUCAGCACUGGAAGCUGCGGUCCAUUAUGUACCAUGUAAAGCUCAAUCAGUGGACCCUCUCCCAAGCCUUCAGUUCAGCAGUUCAUUCACUGGAUGGGGCCACCCUGCGUAGUGACUUUGUGUCCAUUUUAAAAGAGUUUGGCAACCAUUUUAUCCAGGAGGCAGCGUAUGGCUUUGAGGAAUCCUGUACCAUAUGGUAUCCCAACAAACAAGUCCAACGGCAGCUGUGGUUGGAGUAUCAGGACAUCAGCAAAGGAAACUCUCCAUCAGAUGAGUCGGAGGAGCGGGACAAAGAGCCACGCACGCUUACUUACCCAGCAUACAUUGCCAGCCUGCUGGACUCGGGUGCCAAGCGCAUGGCGGCGGGGGUGCGCAUGGACUGCAGCAGCCAGGGCCAGUGCCCUCUGUCCUGUCACCUCUGCCACAUGAGCCCUGGGCCUGCACGUCCUGCAGAACCUGUGCUGCUCAACAUCACUAAAGCCACGCCAGUCUAUGAGCUGGUCAACAGCAACGAGACCUACCAGGCUCUGCAGGAGGCUAUGAUGAGUGUACUGUGGUGCUCUGCUAAAGGUGAUGUUAUUGAUGACUGGUGUCGAUGCGACUCCAAUGCCUUUGGCACAGAUGGACUCCCGACCUGCGCUCCUCUGCCUCAACCCAUGCUCAAGCUGUCCCAUUCAUACGAGCCCAGCAGUUCAUUGGUCAUUAUAGAAUGGAAUCACGCAGAGCCGCCAAUCGGAGUGAGAAUUGUUGAUUACCUCAUCAGUCAAGAGAAGGUGACAGAGCGGACUGAUCACUCCAAAGUUGAGACAGAGACCAUGUUGAGUUUUGUGGAUGACAUCAUGUCAGGGGCCAAAUCUCCAUGUGUGAUGCUCGGGGACAUCCCUGAUCCCCUCUCAACUAUCUCCUUGAUAAUACGCUGCUUGGAGCCAGACACCACAUACAUGUUUCGGCUGUGGGCGGUAGACAACACAGGUCGGCGGUCCAGUCCGAGUGAGGUGACGAUCAAAACUCCCUGUCCCGCCGUGGAUGAUGUCAAGGCUCAAGAAAUAGCAGACAAGAUUUAUAAUCUGUUCAAUGGCUACACCAGCGGGAAGGAACAGCAGACAGCCUACAAUACGCUCAUGGACCUCGGCUCACCAACCCUCCACCGAGUUCUUUACCACUACAACCAGCGAUACGAGAGCUUUGGAGAGUUUACUUGGCGCUGUGAAGAUGAACUGGGGCCCAGGAAAGCCGGAUUGAUCCUGUCUCAGCUGGAUGAACUCAGUGGUUGGUGCCGGGGUCUCCUCCAGGAACCCAAAAUUGGCUUGCGCAGAGCAUCCCUAAAGUAUCUGUCUUGUCGUUAUACAGAUACCAAAGCAUUCGGGCUUAGCUGGAUGAAUCUCGGCCAUGACUUACGUAAGGCCUGUGAAGAUCAGAUGCUAUCCGUUAUGUACAAUGAUUAUGGAGAACCCAAGGAACUUUAAACCAACUUGGACAAGAGGACCAGUGAGGGGCUGAACCUAUAUGCAGCCUCCCCUUUAGGGCUUCUCUCUAGUGAAUCUGGUCCAUCAGUUUUAACAUUAAUUGGAUAUUUAAUGAUGAAGAGGAAAAUAUUUUGUGAGAACUUUUUCUCACAACUUUUCCAAGAAGCAUUCAAGUGGCUUGUCUAUGGGCUUGCACAUAAAAAUGUACAGUGUACAGUCAAAGGAAAGUUGCAUUAAGGUGUCAUUUAGACGUGGUGUAUUUUGUCAAAUAGUGCAUACACCAGCUUGUGUAGGUAGGACUUUUUCCACAAGAACUAAAACUGUAUGAUCUUAAUGUGCUGAAAAUAUCUGUCUCUGUAGGGCAUAUCAAUAUGGAAAGAGCUAUAGCAAAUGUAAAUGUUAGUUAAUUAUUAAAACACUACUAAUGUGCUGAAUGUAGUAUUUAAACUAAGGUAUGAGAGGUCAAAAAAAAACUGUACAGAUUUUUUUUGUUUGUUUGUUUUUAAGUAUAAGCGGUAUUAUGAAAAUAACCAUUUAAAGUUGUGUACAAUAAUAUGUCUUGUUUAUGUUUUAUUUCCUAUUCCAAAUAAAAUCACCAACAUUAAUUCACUGAUUAUUUAAUUGUUCAACUGAAUUUUGAACAAAAGUAAUGAGGGCUGCACAGUUUUUAAAGUUUUUAAAGUUGUUAUGGAACUUAAGUAUACCAACAGCUCUUUUAUGACACAUCCACAUAAAUCUUAGUGAAAACGGUUAUUAGGGGGGAAAAAAUGAAAGCUGGGAAAAUAUUUGCGUCCAGUUCACCAUUUGUUGAUUUGUUGGAGGCAUAUUUUAAGGUUGAUUGUAAAAAGAGGUGUCACUUAAGCAGACCAAAUGACUGGCCAGCGUAAAUCAACAAAGUUGUCUGUGAUUUUCAAAAAAUGUAGUUGUGAAAUUUUCAAACCUAUUCAUAUGAUUUCACAUUGUAAUUUAAGUCUGCAUCUUGUACCAUUUGAUGGUUAAAAAUAAUCUAAUA